AUGAAGCAUACUUUUUUACAAGACAUAGAAGGAAUAUCGUAUCUAUUUCAUCAUAUCUUCCUCCCGCCGAAGCUUCCACAGGAAGAUGACUACAGUGUCGGCCACGAGGUUCUUCUAACUGAUGAAGUGAUCGAUGCCCUUUGUCAAUUCAAAUCUUACUUCUCUUCAGACGAGGCUGAAGUUAUUGGAGAAGCUUUGACAAUGAUUACUCGACUACGACAGGUUCACGGCCUCAACGGCGAGGUAGAUGAAGGACAGUUUAGUGAUGUUCUUAGACAAUUGAAAGAAGAAGGUCAACUGCAUUUCACCCUUGAUGGCAAAGUCAAGCUUGUUAACAAGAACCCAGGCGGUUUCCUACCAAUCUACGUUCACGAGCAGAAUGCUGCUAUCUUGAUCAGCAAUAAGGGCAUGAGAACUCACGUCGAAUGUUUUGAGCUCUCUCCUGUAAAUGAAGCGGUGAUGUCAACGAAAGGUCGACUUCAACGCACAUUUCCUGGCCCGGCAUUGAUUUUCGAUACUUGUAUCUUCAACGAGCCUGAUCUGCUUACGAUGUUGGCACAAACUAUUUCUCGCAUGAGUCAACAGCCCGUUGCUGGUACAAAGCCGAAGAUCCGAAAAGCAAACCGCCAGCACGACGAAGACAGGGAUACAACCGAUCCGAAAAUGAUCGUCGACUUUCUCAUGGCCACACUUCGGCCGCUGUCUAAGGACGGCAUAGACGAACAAAUUCAAAAACGUUGUCGUGAAGAAGUCAUGUGGCGUGAUUGUCGUUCUCCGUGGCGACGGUCAGCUUUAUGGCUUCUCAUUCGCGUCGCGCUCCAAUUGGUUUUUUCCCGCUUAUGUGAUGGCCGAGGAGUCUCUCAGUUGUAUAAGUCAUUUUUGAUAUAUUUCAUGGGCUCUAUUCUUGACAAAACAUCCGAAACAGCCUCUCAUGAGAUGCUUCACCUCAUGACGGCUAAGGUUGUCCGUCGACUGAUGAAACUCUCCUCCACGGAAGAGCCUGCGUGGUUUGCUCCGAUCCAGUCAAUUCUUCAGCGAGUGGGUGAUAUAACCCAGACCGGGUGGCAGCGUAUUGUGGGCGAGAACGACCGUCAAAUUGAUUUUGAGUCUCUCAGAGAGCUAGAAUUCAAAGAAGAUACUGAGUGUUCCAUGCCACGACUGGACUGUUUUUUACGGGACAUGGGCCGAAAAGACGAUAAAGACCCAUCCGAAUCGUUCCAGCCCUCUUCGCAGCUUAUGCGUUUUGAAGCCAGAAAGCUGCCGAUAGGCUUGGAAUCUUGCUGUCCUGAAUACGUUGUACAAAACCUUUGUGGUUUUGAAGAUUGGGUCGACUCAUGUCUGGGGAGUUGGAUAGAUAAUCAUCUUGAGGAUGCCGCAACAUGCACUCAGCUCGGCCGUUUGAUUUCCGAAUAUCACAAAGUGGCGUUGAGUACAUAUUUGCACAAUCCAGAAGCCACGUCUAUGAUGCUGCUCACACUGUUGGAAUUAUGGAUUGCCUGCGAUAAGUCAGCGAUUCGCCUGCAUCCGCACUUGGAAGACUAUGAUCAUUGCAUACCCAUAGGCUGCUUCUACUCUCUCCUACUCCCGUUUAAAUCACAAAUGAUUCGACUUGGUCGUGCGGAGGAAUAUCUCGAUCUUCGUCAGAGACGGUUAAAACAUCCAGGGCCGGGGGUCUUUCGUGAUUAUGGAACUCGGUCCUGUUUCUCUGUUCGGUAUUUCGAUCAAUCUGAUGAGCACCAACAGCUACUUCGAGCCAUCGAAGAGCAGGCCAAGCAUGACAAGGAUCAGAAACGUGCCGAAUUGGUACAGAAACACGCCCGCUACACCCACUUGAUGACUUUAGCGUCUGAGACCAUAUGCCAGUAUGACAGUGUGCUCCUGGAUCGAAGAUUUAGUUUCCGUGAGUCACGGCACAGCCAGUCCUGCCCAUGCCGCGGCUAUAUCUCACAAGCAGAGUCAAUCAAGAUUGACAUCCACGAAUGGCCGUUACCGACGAAUCCACAACAAGCCAAGUCUACAGUCUUCGAGCUCCGAAUUCCGGAGCCAUUCCGGGGUUGGAGAGAUGCCACGCUGUACGUGCUUCACAAUUGCCUGGGUGUUGCAUAUUCAAAGAUUGAGAAGCCUAGAUCCGAGCAUAGACUGAAAAAUUAUCAGGGUCUCUCCUCAUUCUUUUCUUGCUCGACUGAUUCCCAGCGGAUAUGCCUUCUAUCACAAGUUAAACCUCAUCAGAACACGCAUCGUCGCAAGAGGUUGAUCAUCCAUGUCACAGAAGAUGAUGUGUGCUUGAACAAUGCUUUACAACUUCAGUACUUUGACAACACCGCGGGUUGUUUUGUGAGCAGUUUUGAGAGGAAAGAAGAGACCGAGAUCGGAUGUACCUACCAGCUGCCACAAAGGAGCUCCGCCCUUCAAAAAUUCCUGUUUCGUCCAGCUAGCCAACCACAUGGUCCAUCGCCAAACACCGUGAUCGCGACCCAGAAUGCCGCACCCGUGGAAAUGUCGCUUGCGGAGUACAAAGCACUCGCAGCAAUGCCACUUGGCCUGGAAAUUCAAUGGCAGAACAUUCUUUUAGAAUUGUCAAUGCCUUUGAUUGACAUGAAAAAAGUGGAGUCGGCAUUAUUCUUCCGUCAGAUUGUCCACCAAGCGGGUCUGCCCCGGACCGAUACGUGGAUGAGAUGCGGUCACGCGAUCUUACGUAAACCGAAAUUCACGGCGAGAUUGCUGUCCUCUAUCAGCAAGAUGGCGGAAAGGAUGAAAGGAAACUGGAACCUGGUCCAUGGAUACCACACGCUGAUAAAUCUCCUACUUCGAAUUCUCAGUCUUUCACCUUGUGAAAAGGACCAUCGAAAAUGUCUCGAUCUGUUACGUCUAAUGCGCCAAAAUUCUUUCCAGUGGGUCGAAAGUGUCAGAGCAGCGGCUAGUGGAGAGAUUGACGACGCGCGAAAGGUUGAGGUGAUUGCCAAAGCUGUCCAUAUCGCUCUGGUGUGUGUCCAAACAUUUGACACCGAAACCGAUCUACAGAGCUUUGAUCUGUCGUCAGAUGUGUCACUAUUUCUGCGGUGCUGCAUGAUUAUUUGGAAUGGACGUGACUGUUUGCCCCUGGGAGUCGGCUCCCUGCAGCGCAUACUGUACUAUCGCUGGCAAGUGUUAUGCUAUCACAGCCGUGCAGUACUAGCCGCGGCUUGUUCCGUUACCUCCUUUUCCCCGAUCGACAGUGCCAUUUCCGAGGCGUGGGCGGCAUAUCCAGCUGGUUCUAUAUGGUCAGAAGUUUCUCCAUCUGUGUCAUAUUGGCUUCACGCCUUAUGUUCAGAGUCCACUGGAGAACGUGUCCGAACACAACAGGUACACUAUAACUUGCUCACGGGAGAACUUCUUGUCAAUGGACUUCCACUUGCGCAUCUGCCGGCUGAAUAUAUGUCAAAUCAAAUAUAUCGCAUCCUCUUCGGAGAAAGAUCGCAGUUGGAGGUGAUGCCAAGUGACCAGCCCGGAAUGCAAUUUUCGUGCCGAGCGAAAUACUGCGGUCAUACUAUACAUUUGGGCAUGACCCCUAGUCCCGGAUCAACAAGAUCCCACCUGGCCGUCAAAGCGGUGAGAGAUGGCCAAGCAUGGGUUCUCGUGCCAAAGAGACUCUUCCUUGGAUACUUUCCCGACGAUUUCAUUCACAAUCACGCUCACUGGUACGCCAUCGAUAGGGGGUACAUUGAAUUCAGGCCCCUAUCAUCCCCGUGGAUAUCAUCUGAGCAGCAUUGGAGAUUGCGCAAAGGGGACUCGGAGAAUUCAUGGCGUCUAGAGAACCGGGAAUAUCACCUGGUCGGCAGCAGAAGCAAGACCGCGGAUACCUUAGCUAGGAUUCUGAAUCCCUUGGAGAAGCUUUCCGGGAUUCAUUGCCGGCUCGAUAAGGUCAAAUUCACGUUAUAUAUAAAUCUUCCGCGUUUGAGACUGGAAUUUGUCCUCCCUGAGCGCUCCACGGCAGUUCAGUGUCGACAGUAUCCGGGAAUGACUAUUGAUGCAAAACAAGCGUGCAAUGCGCUAGUCGGGUUGUACAGUAAAUUGAUCCUCGUCAAUACCGAUUCUUUCCAACGCAUCAUUCUCAUUCCUGAAGGCGAUGUUGCUUGGUCACAGGCCGGCGAUCAUGUUCAGGUCAACGUGCUAUGCGAGGCGCAAUGGCAUGCAUAUUCCAUUGAUGAGCGACUUGGGCGUUUUGUGGAUAAUGGAAGCCUACAGAGCAAGCUCUUUUUGGCUUAUUUGCACGCCAUCACUUCGUAUUUCCUUCCCGAUCCACUGACCAGGCGUACGGGCACCGAGCAGGCACUUUCCAUUCUUCGUUCCGCGUCCGUUCGAUCAUUCGAUCGACUCCGACCGGAGAACGUCGCCAUUCUCACCAGAAUUGCUACCUUGACCCCGCAGAGAAGAUUUUAUCCAGAUAAUGAGCAGGUGAUGCAAAGUGUAGAGUGGAGGCACGCUCUCAGCUGCUUGUCACAACAUCCAGGGUUUUACGAAGAGGUAGCAGCCAUCCAGGAUCAAAACUCACGUGUCAUGUUUUACUACCCGGGCGAAGAACCUGCCACGCCUUCUCUUCCAAGCGUGAACCAACACUUGUUACUUCGUGAGAAAAUUCGUACUGCGUCGUUCCGCGUUUCUCAAUUCGGCUCAGAAGACCACACAGGCAAGCAUGACCGCCAUUACGCAAGCCGGGACGCCAAUCGCUGUUCGCCAAACAGCACUCGAGCGUUCACGAUUAGCAAGAUGCUAUGCUGCAAGAUAUCUCGUGCGCGAAACAUUGAAUCCGGGGAAUGGCUCUCCCACGUCUGGAAAUUUCUGACUACCUCGUUUGAAAUACGUGGUCCUGGAACCCAGAUAGAGAUCGCAAGGUUGCGAUAUAGCGCAGAGUGGAUACUUACCUCGCAAGGCUUUAUCGCUGAGAAUUGGUGUGCAAUACAACAAUUGGUUUCAUCACGCAAUCGUCGAUUCAACAAGUAUCAACUUCUAAUCUGGCUGUCAACCGUCGCCUACUCGGCCCAGACCGAUAUGAUUGUCGUCGAGACUAUUGCAUCUCUGUACUUGAACCCAGAAGUCAUUUGCGAGUAUACGACCAUCCGAGGAAAAUAUCAACCCGGGGAAGGUUGUGAGUGGGAUCGCGGGACAAUUCAGACUCUCAUAGAAGCUGCACAGCUUCAUUCAACACCGGAAGAUAGGCUUGAACCUUUUCCCUACGAGACCCAUGGCAAUUUUGAGUCACGCAUUAGAGAGCUCCGAAUAAUAAAACGGAAGCUCGCCUGCAAAACUGCGGCGGAUUAUUUUUACCGUCAGUGGCCUACACACUCGCCGUCAUGUCCCGCCGCACAAGAAGCUGUCGACUUGGAUGAGUACCUGGAUAUUCCCAGAAUCAUAACUUUGGUGACAGACAGGUUCUCUAUUUGGGUUGAUAAUGGUCAGCUUCGGCAAUGCCUGGCCAGCAUGAUAAAUCAGCUAUGUGUACAUCCAGUUCAAGACAUCCAGCCGCCGCCCUAUCCGGAAACGUCCUGUCCAGAGCCGGCUCAACCACGGCGAGGAUAUGUCUCUUUUGAUGAUUUGAUGGCGAUGUGUCCACUCCCCAACAUUAAGGAGCCUCUGUUGCCGGACUUUCUCCGGGAAGACUCAAAGAAAAGUCCCCCAAGCGGGAAUCUAUUGAGUCUUAUUGACUCGAUGGGCAGCUACGCCAGUUCUCCGUAUGAGAAAAGGUACGUGGAGAUGUUGCGAGAUAGUGUCAAAUCGCUAUCUUGCACCAAGAAUCAGACUCAGUUCACAAUCAACUGUGGCGAUCUUGAACGGUCCGUCGGCGCCUACCUCAAUAUGUGCGAGAGGUAUAAUCGGUAUGUUUACACAACUCUCAUAUCGAGGCUGCUGCCGCCUAGUUCAACAGACGAGUCACGGACAUCGAGCACCUUCAAAGAGAAGAUUUCUGCUCUGGCUUUCAGGGCUCACCACACCCCAAGAUUGUCACCCAUUCUCCUGUUGGAGCAGCUGAGCCGGCAUCGUUGGUCACAAUUAGCCACCCCGUGGCGAAGCUGGUUCAUACUCUACGGUCUUUCCAUCACAAAGCUCCAGCAAGCGCAGCGACUUUGCCGCUUGGUCCUUAGUCCCGAGGAUUUUCUCAAAGAGAUCCGCAAUUCAGGUCAUAUCAAUUGGGAUCCAUUUCAAAAGCCCGAGAAUCUUCUUUUAGAGAUCGAAAGCGGUAUUUUGAUUCGGCCAAACCAGGAGACGAUUGCCAUGGCAAUGACUUGGUCCACCCGAGGACAAAAUAUCGUGCUGCAAUUGAACAUGGGGGACGGAAAAUCAUCGGUGGUAGUGCCUAUUGUUGCCGCAGCGCAUGCUAAUGGCCGAUGCAUUGCCAGAGUUCUGACUCCAAAGCCCCAAUCGCGACAGAUGUAUCAAAUGCUGGUUGGGAAGUUGGGCGGCCUCCUAGAUCGUCGAGUUUAUCAGCUUCCAUUCUCGCGGUCAUUGAGUCUCGGGGAGGUUGAAGUGGAGGAAAUUCAGCGCAUGUGUUACGAGUGCAUGUCAAUUGGCGGUGUCUUGCUUGUGCAACCGGAGCAUAUCCUGUCCUUGAAGCUCAUGUGUCUUGAAUGCUUCAUUAUAGGGAAACCCGCGCUAGGGCGCACGCUACUCCAAACCCUGAACCUCUUUCGCGAGUAUGCCUGUGACAUCAUCGAUGAGAGUGAUGAAACUUUCAACGCCAAGUCUGAAUUGAUAUAUUCUAUGGGCACUCAGCGCCCCGUUGAGCUCAGCCCGCAGCGAUGGGUUCUCAUCCAGGAACUGUUGUAUUUGGUAGAAUUAUACGCCUGUGAAGUGAAGGCUGAGUUACCAGACUCCAUUGAGUUCAUUCAGCCUGAAAAUAGGGGUUUCCCACGCAUUCGUGUGUUGGACUGCGAUGCUGAACAUGCACUACUCCAACGAGUUGCGACUCAUAUCUGUGAAUACGGGAUUGGUCCCCUGCCCAUUGCCCGACAGCCUCGCGUGGUCCGACAGGCAUUUUUGAUCUAUAUCCUGAAACCUGAACCAACCGCUGAUGAGAUAUUCGCAGUGGAGUCUAGUACUCAAGCAGGCUUUUGGGAUAAAAGCAUGCAGAGUCACCUCCUGCUUUUACGAGGCCUGCUUGCAGGCGGAGUGUUAGCAUUUUGUCUGGGGCGAAAGCGUUGGCGUGUCAACUACGGGCCCGAUUCACGCCGGGACCCAUCGACGCGGCUUGCGGUACCGUAUCGCGCCAAAGACUGCCCUUCACUGCGCUCGGAGUUCAGUCAUCCCGAUGUCGUCAUCCUCCUUACCUGCCUUCAGUAUUACUACAGUGGACUCACCAACAGCGAGAUCCUCCUCGCCUUCAAUCAUCUGGCAAAAUCUGAUGAGGCGGAAGCAGAGUACCAAGCCUGGGCACAGGGUGCACCAAUGCUCGAAACAGGCUUCCGACAAUUAGUCAGUGUCAAUUUGGACGAUGAGCAUCUUUGCACGAGCCGAAUAUUCCCUGCACUUCGGUUCUCGAAAACCGUAGUGGACUAUUUCCUCGCUCAAAUAGUGUUUCCAAAAGAGAUAAAAGAGUUUGCCGACAAGUUGUCCGCCUCAGGCUGGGAUACAGGGGAACUCAGAACAAACCCCACCGUCGGUUUCAGUGGAACCAAUGACUCACGAAAAACCCUGCCACUGACCGUCAAACAGCUCGACCUUCCCGAGCAAAAUCAUACAAAUGCCCUGAUACUGGAAUACCUAUUAAGGCGGGAAAACUCCGUGGUGGAUAUCCCCACAUAUCAUCGAUCAGGUCAAUCGGAUGUUUCUAUAUUAUUGGAAUUGGUGGCGAAGCUGAACCCGCUUACAAAAGUAAUUCUCGACGUGGGUGCGCAAAUCUUGGAGCUUAACAACUUUGAGGUAGCACGGCAAUGGCUAUCCAUUGCUCAGAAUGACCAGAUCCGAGGCGCGAUUUUUGUCAAUGAUGAGGACAAUAUUUGCGUCGUGGACACUGAGGGUCGAGUGGAGCUUCUACAGACCUCACCGUUCGCGUUCCAAAUGGAAGCCUGUUUGGUCUUCUUGGAUGAGGCACAUACGCGAGGCAUCGAUCUCAAGCUGCCGGUGGAUUAUCGUGCAGCGGUGACCCUGGGCCCGGGCAUCACCAAGGACAAGCUAGUUCAAGCCUGUAUGAGAAUGAGAAAACUUGGCCAUGGACAAUCGGUCAUUUUUUGCAUUCCUGGCGAGAUCAAGCGACAAAUCUUGUCCUUAAAGAGCCGCGACAUUAUUUCUAACAUUGGCGUGUCUGAUGUUGUGCAAUGGGCGAUCUUAGAAACGUGGCAAGACAUGCGACGCAGUAUGCCACUCUGGGCCGUUCAAGGCUGCCGCUUUGAGAAGCAAAAGAUCAGAUGGCAGGACUACCGAAUGCACGAAGGCGUUAGUUUGGCCCCGGAACAGGCGGAAACAUUUCUCGAACCAGAAUGUCAGACCCUCGAGCAGAGGUACAGACCACCUCACAACACCUUGCGAACAGUGGAUGAAGAUAUCGAGGUUUUUGAGGCCAUUCACGAGCGUUGUAGUGAAUUUGAAGGCCUAGCUCCUUCCGCAUCCCUCGAUGAGGAACAAGAGCGCGAGCUUGCACCGGAAAUUGAGAGCGAACGCGAAGAUCAGCGCCCUCCCGCGGCCCAGCCUGCCGCACACCGUAUCGACGAUGAUGUGGUCUCAUACAUCGAAUCAGGUAUGAUUCGGCAAUCUUCUAACGCCUACCAACCCGCCUUCAGCAGUUUACAUAAUCUAUCUGCCGCGUCACAGAUAGACUUGGAUCGAUUUCAUUCGAAUCUGUUGGCAACUGCUGACUUUAUCAAUACUGUUCAAUAUCCAAAGGGAUCUCCAUUUGUUUCCGAUGCUUACCAACGAUCUGUGCGCUUCAUUUUGUCCACUGCUCCUUCUGUUUCACGGAAGGCGAAUAGUCUGAUGGAAAUCAUGAUCAUCAGCCCAUACGAGGCAAAUUUCUUGAUGCCAGCGAUUGAGAAAUCAAAAGCCGUUGCACUUCACGUGUAUGCUCCUCGCUACAAUCGGGAUUUCGCACCUCUCGACAGACUUACGCUCUAUACCACCCCUACGGUCCUCAAUGUUGGGCCUAUUCCCGGCCUUCUCAGGAUGCAACUCAAUCUCUUUGCAGGCCAGCUAUAUCUUGAGUCUUACAGGGAUUACCAGGAGCUUUGUGCUUUCUUGGGCGUGGCGUCAACCCCAACACCAGCCAGUUUGUCGGUUGCGGCAGACGGUUUCAUCCACAUGAAUCCGAACGGAACGUUCCCUCGGAGCCCUCUGAGGUUCAUCAAGUUUUUGCUGUCUCAAAUUCGGAAAGACGGCCGAGACAUCCGAAGGACCCAUUUGGGACUGAUCGUGGAUGGACAAUUGUUGACUUGUUCGGAUGUAGAGGAAUCUGCUCUUGCCAUCACAGAACGAGCUAUCCGGACGCUGCAACUAGAAUCCACGUAG